GUCAGUAUUUACCUGGCUCAUUCAAGCUAUCUUUGUUUUAACCAUUGGAUAGAAGAAAAAUAUGAUGCCAAACCGAGGUAACUUCUCCUCUUUCCAGAGCAUUCAAACAGAUCCCAGUAAGAUUAUGGCAGAAUAUAGCCACAUACAAAACCAGAUGGAAUUACAAAAUGCUAGUUUAGGGAAAGGUUCUGUGGCAAAUUCCCUUGAAAACGAUCUCCAAGAUAUUAUGGAUAACCUCAGCUCAAAGAAAUAUUCAUCAAGCCUUAAAUUUAAAACAAAUGGGGAUUACGUUGGUUCCUACUUAACCCUGUCACAACCUGUGUCAACUAAAUCCAGUCCUUCAUCCAGUGUAAAAAAUAUGCAUUCUGCUACCAGAAUUCCAGGAGGUAAGCUGUUCUCUUGUGACAGCCCUUACUUUUCAGAAAAAAGUGUCUCUGUAAAGCCCAUGAGUUCCAUUUCAAGUACUUCUCCAUCCCUCAGUGGGUACAAUCUAGGAAGGAGCGACUUUGACAUUCAUGUCAACAGAGAAAACGAGAAAUCCUUUGGACAUGUGGAUCAAUUUCACUAUUCCAAGUAUAGUCAAAAAAAUAAAUCGUAUGACAACGUCUACUUCCCAGGAACACUGGACGGGAAGAAAAACUCAGGCUCUCUUCUUACAAUGUGGAAUGGAAGCUCAGGGAGUGAAAUGAUGCUUUCACCUGUUAGCACUUCAGGAGCAGCAAGCAUGCCUUCCAGCCCAAAGCAGGGCAGGAGGAUGAAUAUUCAAGAUAGUCUAAAUCUUCAUCCAAGACCAGUGAAACACAAGGAGGUGAUGACUGAAGCUUUGGGUUCAAGAGCUAGGAAAUAUUCUGGUGGGUCUCUUAGUCAUAUGGGAGUUUAUAGUCGUUCUCUGCCUAGACUGUACAAAUCGACAGAAAGCCAGCUGAUGCCAUUAAGUUUGCCACCAAGAAACUCUCUUGGUAACUCCAAGAGGAAAAAGCAUGGAGAAAAAGAUCUACCUCAAAGUGCACUAGAUGCUGAUAAUUACCUUAAUUUUUCUUCUUGCAGCUCAGGGGUUUCACCGUUUAUAAAUUCUGCGUCUGAUAAUAAUUCCUAUGUUAGCUCAGCUCUUUGUGUUCCUUCAAGCCCUAGGCUAGCUAAAAAAAUGCUUUUAGCAUCUUCUUCUUCAUAUGUUUCUGAUGAUUUUGAUAGACUUGGACUCUCAGGGACAAGCCCCAGUAACUCAUUCUCCCCUGUGGAUAUUGACAGAUCAUUCUCUGUCAGAAGAAACCUUUCCACUAGUUCCAUGGAGUUUGAUGAAACGGAGUUGGAAAGCUUCCGACAAACACCAACUUCUUUGCCCCCUUCCAUUCGAGAGAGAAAGAACAGUAUUAGUUCAGUAACUGGAAGAGAAGACCUAAUGGACUAUCACCGGAGACAGAGGGAAGAGAGGCUUCGAGAACAGGAGAUGGAACGACUGGAGCGACAACGACUGGAGACUAUCCUCAGUUUGUGUGCAGAAUACUCCAAACCUGAUAGUGACCCUGCUGCUGUUGCCACUGUUGCUGAUGUUCAGAAAAUUAACAAAGAACUUGAAAAACUUCAGCUGUCAGAUGAAGAUUCUGUAUUCGAAGAUUCUCAAAUUAAUCCAGAAACGAGAUUUAGAAACCACUUGAAAUUGUCAACAAGCGAUUCUGAUUUCUCAGAGUUGAGUAAUGUCAGUCGAAGUGCUGGCUCCUUCCUCUCGUCUAGAGGUAUUAGAGCUGAUGAACAUAUUGGUGAAAAUAUGAAAACUCCACCUUUAGUUUCUUCUGCUUUCCUGAAGGAUUCCAAUGAGUCUUCUUACCUAAGCAUCACACCAAAGACAUCAGAAUGCACAAGCAGUGAACAAAGAGGGCACGAACUUGGUCAGCUGGAGGAGGAGCGCAUAGCAGUAUUAAAUAAUUUGGAGGAACUUGAACAGAAGAUCAAAGAUUUAAAUGACCAGAUGGAUGAAUCUUCAAGAGAGCUGGAUAUGGAAUGUGCCCUUUUGGAUGGGGAACAGAAAUCUGAAACAACAGAACUUCUGAAAGAGAAGGAAAUAUUGGAUCAUCUAAACAGGAAGAUAGCUGAGCUGGAGAGAAAUGUUAUUGGCGAAAAGACAAAGGAAAAAAUAAAGCUUGAGGCUGAGAGGGAAAAACUAGAGAGGCUUCAGGAGCUUUACUCCGAGCAGAAGACCCAACUUGAUAAUUGCCCUGAGUCCAUGAGGGAGCAAUUACAGCAACAGCUCAAGAGGGAUGCUGAUCUGCUGGACAUAGAAAGCAAACACUUUGAAGACCUGGAGUUUCAGCAGCUUGAGCAUGAGAGUAGGUUAGAUGAGGAGAAGGAGAAUCUGACACAGCAGCUGCUGCGUGAAGUAGCUGAGUAUCAGCGCAGCAUUGUCAGUAGAAAGGAGAAGAUUUCUGCUCUCAAGAAGCAAGCUAAUCAUAUUGUCCAGCAAGCUCAGAGAGAACAGGAUCAUUUUGUAAAAGAAAAGAAUAAUUUAAUAAUGAUGCUGCAAAGGGAAAAAGAGAAUCUUUGUAAUCUGGAAAAGAAGUAUUCUGGACUUUCUGGAGGAAGAGGAUUUCCUGUCAGUCCAAGUAGUCUGAAAGAGGGUUAUAUCAGUGUAAGUGAAAUUAGUGAGCUGUAUGGCAAUUCCACGAAUAUACCCCCUUCCACUCAGCCCCCCACAGAUGCUGACGCUGUUGCUACCGAGCCUUCCACGGCUGUGCUGGUGAGCCAGCCACAAAAUAAAGAGCUAAGAUCACCUCUCUGUUCUGGAUUUGUGUUUCCUCACUCUCUUUCUCCUCGCUCUAUUGCUCAACUUCCAUCAGUCCAUUGGCCUGAGGUCAUGGUUACACAUGUAGAUCCUUUACCUUUAUCUGAUACACCUCCUCCUCUCCCAGCUAAGAAACACCGCAGGCAACCACAGCACUUUAGAAAUCUGGAAGAAAGAAAGAAACAGCACAAGGAAGGCAUGUAUAUGAGUGAUACUUUACCUCGCAAGAAAACUACUCCCUCUGUAUCGCCGCACUUCAAUAGUUCUACUCUUGGACGAAGUGUAAAUCCCAAAGGUCAUUUACCUCUAGGACAGAGCAACAGCUGUGGCAGUGUACUUCCUCACUGUCUGGCAACCAUGACCAAAGAGUCAGAACCAAGAAGAAUGCAUAAAGGGUAUAAUCAUCAACAUAUAUGUGAAGAACAAAGACAGAAGUCUCCUGAAUUCUACAGCAGAACUGCAUCUGAAUCUAAUGUGUAUUUAAAUAGUUUUCAUUACCCUGAUCACAGUUACAAGGAUCAUGCCUUUGAUACAUUAAGCUUAGAUAGUUCUGACAGUAUGGAGACCAGCAUAUCUGCAUGUUCACCUGAUAAUAUUUCCAGUGCCAGCACUUCAAAUGUUGCAAGAAUAGAAGAGAUGGAGAGACUUUUGAAACAAGCUCAUGCUGAAAAAAACAGACUGCUGGAAUCCAGGGAAAGGGAAAUGGAAGCUAAAAAAAGAGCACUGGAAGAAGAAAAACGUCGCAGAGAACAACUAGAGAAAAGAUUAGAAGAAGAAACUAGUCAGAGACAAAAAUUAAUUGAAAAAGAAGUCAAAAUACGUGAGAAACAAAGAGCACAGGCCCGUCCCUUAACUCGCUAUUUGCCAAUUAGAAAAGAAGACUUUGAUCUACGAAGUCACAUUGAAACAGCUGGACACAACAUUGAAACCUGUUACCACAUCUCAUUGACUGAGAAGACAUGCCGAGGCUUUUUGAUUAAGAUGGGAGGAAAAAUUAAAACAUGGAAAAAACGAUGGUUUGUUUUUGACAGAAACAAGAGAACAUUUUCAUAUUAUUCAGACAAACAUGAAACUAAAUUAAAAGGAGUAAUAUAUUUCCAAGCCAUUGAAGAAGUCUAUUAUGAUCACUUAAAGAAUGCUUAUAAGAGUCCUAAUCCACUACUCACUUUCAGUGUUAAGACACAUGACCGGAUAUAUUACAUGGUUGCCCCAACACCAGAAGCCAUGAGGAUAUGGAUGGAUGUAAUAGUUACAGGCGCAGAAGGCUACACACAUUUCAUGUUAUAAAAUCAAGUAACAGCUCAUUCAUGGGACAUACUGCAAUCAUCUUAUGCAUUUAGCCAUAUGCAGUCAAGUUUUGGUAUUUUUCACAAGUAUCCUCCCUAUGAUGUGCAUGCAAGCUCUGAAAAUGAAAGGGUUUAUGAACGCAUUGAAAAGGGGGACUGGUUGCUUACUUUAGUUGCUAAUUAUAGUAACAAAAGAACUGAAGUUGUAGAAGGUUCAUUGUGCACCCACAUGGAUAACCAAGUUGACUUAAACAUAGUGUUUUGAUUCAAUGGUUAUUUCUUACAAAUUCUCCUACACAGAAAGUGUGCUUAUAAACUCAUACUAAACAGUUUACAAAAUGGUUUGUGUGUGCUCAUUGAUAUGCAAAUGUUUUAGUAAUGGAACAGAAAGGUAUAAUAGCAUAUAUUUUAAUAUGCAGUAAUUGACAUUUAUAUGUGAUUAGCUGACUUUUUAAAUUUCUUUCACUUAAGUAUUUUUUUAAUAAAAAAGUAGCCCGACAGUACAUGCAGUUCUUACCUUAGUAGUUAAGUGUAUUACUACCAAACCAAAGAUAUUUACAUGAUUCCUCUUCAGGAAUGAUUUCAAAUUAUUAGCUGCGCUUUAGCUUUGUGUAGUGGAACAAUGCCAUUUUCCCUUAAAUUUUAAUAUAAUUCUAUUGUUACAGUAUUCUUAAAUUACCAGUGGCACAAACUGUAUGUAUAAAGCCACUUCAGCUCAGGAACAAAAAGCAGCAGUGUAACUUUUAUAGAACAAGGUAAAAUUGAGCUGAAACAAGAAUAUCAGCUAAACUAGAGGCUUUCUGAGCUCCACAUGCUGAAUACACUAUGUUGAUUCUUUGUCUGGAUCUUUAAGCAAUUUCGGUCUCAUACAACUAAGUCUUGCUAUCAAUAUGAUUCUAAUCCAAUGGUUCUCAACCUCCGUUAGACUCAAGGCACCACUCAGAAAAUGCCAGCUCUUACCUUUCACUAAUUUUUUGACUAUGGAAAAAUGACAAGCUCAAAGAACUUGGAUCACAACAGGUCAUCAUGUUUUUGGCACUAUGGAUUCCUGUGUGAAAACUCUGAGUUUAUCUUGUAAAACAUAUGUAGGUGUUUGCACACCCAACAGUACUAAUACUGUGCAGCACCCCUAAAAGCAGCUUAGAGCAUCCCAUGGUGCUACAACACCCUGCUUGAAAACACUAAUCUUAAAUGGCUUUUCUGGAUGCCUAUACACGUGCUUCGGAGUGGGAAGUAGGGUUUUAAUUAAAGUGGUUUCCGGAGAGCCGCUCUAACUAAAACACCUCACUGUCACGUGUAUUAACCCCCUGUACUUUUAAAAAUGGUUGUGGAACACUUUAUCUCAACCUCAUUUGACAAGGUUUAAAUAAAGCACCCCUACAGCCAUUGUAAAGCACAAAGGAGCUUAUACAUUUGACAGUGAGGCUACGCUGGAGCAUUCUAAUUAGAAUGUGGAACAGACUCGAUUAAUCAAGUCUGCUCUGAUGCAUUCUAAUUAGAAUGCAAACCAGUAUGUGUAUAGGCAGCAGCUUCUGUGCCUAAAUCUAAGCCAGUUGAACAUGAUGUGGUGACCUCGGUGAUACCAGUGGCUGAUUCUACUGAAGUCACUGCCUGAACUCUUAUUGACUUAAGUGAGGCAAGUAUUUUAAGGAGCAAAUUUUUCAAGGUAGGCGUUGGCUUAGAAUUUGGUUAUGUUAUACAGUAAGGUAGAGCUGAAAGGGGUCAAACCCUAAGUAUGUGCUAAGCAGUAAUAUAAACACAAAACUUAACUACGAAAAGUGACAACCCCCCCACUUUUUUUUAAACAAAAGAGGAUAAAAGGAUCUGUGUGUUAAACUGGAUACGUUCCUUGCAAAUAUUCUUCUAUUUUAAAUCUUUUUCUCACCCUUGAUAAUUGUUGUGUAACAAUAAAAUAUUAAUGAAUGGAACCUAAACUUAAAGGAAAUCUUUUAUAUAAUUUUAUGAAGUUUUUAGUAUUCUGGAUUUGUGUGCCAUAAUGAGCAUGUAAUUGAAGCAGACAGAAUAAUGCCCUACCUCCCUCCAAAAAAGAUAAUGGCAUUUGAUUAAGCAAAUUGAAAGCUGAAAGCAGAAAUAAAUAUGCUUACUCAAUAUAUUGAACGAUUUUAAACUUCAGUAUCUGGCAUAUACAGGUAUGAAAUAGUUUUUUGUGGUAUACACAGGUCACACAGUUCUAGAAGUAUAUUAUUAGAUGUGACAUGCACCAGAUUUGACUUGAUGCCUCCUGAAAGAUUGAAUUUAUCACAAAGGAUAAUGUUUCUCUUCUGUGCAGAUCACAACUACAAGAAUCUUGUAAUCUAAUGAGAUUAAAACAUAAAAACAAAAUCAGAAAUGAAUUACUUUGGUUUCUGUAAUUAUAUAUUUUUUUUCUGAUGUACCUUGAUUUUACUUCUAAGUAUGGUUACACAAGUUUUCUAACUGAGAUUUUUGUAUCCUGCAUGAUGCAAUGAAGA